AUUCACUUCACCCACAUUCACCAUUCACCCACCACUCACCUCUCUCUCUUCAUCCCAUCCCCAUCUCAAACAUCAAUCAACAUCGCGCGUCUUUUCUUCUUCCCCGCCAAACAUCAUACUUCCACACGUCACUCUACCUACCAGUGACCCCUCCAAUUCUAUCAUAUCUAUCCCAUUCCAUCAUGUCUGCAUCCUGGCUUCAGAGAAAGCGCAAGGGCGAGCUGUUGGACCUUGCGCGCGAAGCUAACGUGCCCGAUGCCGAGGGAUUGCUGAAGGAUGAUCUCGUCGAGGCUCUCCAGAACCACCUUGGGGCCAACGAGUCAACAUAUGGCAAGCAACCCAGCUUCAGCGAGUUCUACAGGCGCGGGUCGCCUGUCAAGCGCGAGCGCUCUUCUCCCACUGAUGCGCUCGUCGCCACCAAGCCAGCGCGCAGGCGCACUAUCGUGAAGGCCGCGGAUUCUGAGGAACCCACCCCCGAGAAGGCUCUGGUUACGCGCACGCCUCGAACUGUUUCGCGCGUACCUUCGCGCAUCUCUCAGGUCGACAUCCCCGCAUCGCCAGCGCAACUUGCUGAGGUCGCCGACCAGUCCUUCCAGGCCGCAAAGACCAAGGCUAGCGAAUUGUGGGAUAAGACGCGUAUCGAAGAGUUUGUCGAGCUUGCGCGCGAGAAUGCAAGCUCGGUCGUCUUCAUCCAACUCGCCAUCCUCACGAUUGAGGGCAUUGGCCUCGAAUGGAACACGCUGAAGAGCAUCUGGGCGUUCGACAUCCCUGCUGUACCCGCGUUAUCCCUCAACACUCACAAUGUUUACCUCCCAGAUCUGCAACUCCUUCUUACCAGCGAUUUCUGGGCUCCGGCCACCCUCUGGUCGCUCACAAGCUGGGUGCUUCCUCUGUUGGUUUCGUACUUUUUCAACCUGACUCUGCGUUCCAACACGCGUCAUAAGUCCUCCACUCGUCAGUACACUAUCGACCCAUUGACUUUCAACAUUGUCAGAGCUGUCCUGGCAUACUCAGCGUACCACAUUCCUACGACCAACCCAGGAGUUGUCGGCAACCCUGGGCCCGUUGCGGGCUCUACCCCCGGUUGGGGACCUUUCGCAGAGGGCACGGUCCGAACUGUUCGUGAGAACGUCCCGGGCGAGUAUGCCGGGCUACAGAUUGCUUCGUUCAUCGGCGUUCUUCUCAGCAUCUACGACGCUGCGCUCAAGAAAUAGGAUUGCGAUUGAUGGUAUUGUUGGGACGAUUGAAGGCGGCCUUGCGGUUCAGGAUCGAUAUGAAAUCAUGUAUGGCUGUCUAUGGUAUAUGACUUGCUUCACGGGCGUUUUUGGAAGUUCUCGUUCGUAUC